AUGAUAGAGAGUGGUAGUAACUCUCGACAGGAGCUGCCAUGCACAGGCCAACCGGCCUAUUGCAGACUCCUUAUUUUCUUAUGUUCUUAUGUUCUUAUAUUCAUAUGUAUGAGGAAGAUGGAGAAAAACAGUUAAACAACACCGUAGUUUCUUGUAUUUUAUCUAUUCUGCCUUAAACAAUAACGAGGCUUUCUGAUAAUUGGUCUAGUUUUAACUUUCAUUACGGUGUAAAUGAAGACAAAGUUAUCAAAUUUGCCGUUGUUGAAGCUAAACAAAGACAUAAGAUAUCCAACAAGCUUCUCACACGUGUACUGUGCUGUGUUACCUUGAGAAGUGUUCUGUAUCUGCGUAAGGGCUUCAUUUUAAAUCUUCGGCUUCAAAGGACAUCUUAUAUCACAUUAUCUAUUCCAUAGGUGUCGGGAAUGAACGAUGUCUUCGACGGCAACUCCAACUCGACAUAUAAAUACCAAGUGAAGUCCAGUCCUCCGGGUCACGUUUAUGCUUUCAACUACAUAUUUAGUGGACAAGCUCGUGUACGGGAAGGGGCUCAGUACGACUCACUUAACCUAAGAGACACUUUUUCUAAAUUAGACUAUAAGGUUUUCAUCUAUGAAGACCUGAACAAGAAACAAACUUUAGAGAAAAUCGAGGCUAUUAGGACUGAUCAGAACUUGAGGACGGUUGAUUCAAUUAUUUUUUUCUUCCUGAGUCAUGGAGAGACACCUUAUGAAUUUCUCUCCGUAGACCAUGAAACAUUACACCUUCAUGACAUCAGACGUCAGUUCACCAGAAGAAAGUGCCCUCAGCUGGAAGCAAAACCCAAAAUCUUCAUGAGUAACUUCUGUCGAGGACCUAAGUUUGAGAAGCAGGUGUUUAACGAUGAGGGGGAGGUCCUCAAAGACAUAGUGACUAUCCACGCCACCGCCGAAGGCAUCAGGGCGUUGAGGUUAAGAGACACCGGCACCAUCUUCGUCACCAGUCUAUGUGAAGUCCUCAAUAAAAUGUACAUUUUUAUGGAUCUCAGACAAAUUUAUGCCAAGCUCCAGGGAAUAAUGACAGCAAAAGGAGGAAGUAGCCCGAUGUGGGAAGACUACGCGUUCAAGAAGUUUUACUUCCGAAGAAGCAACUACAAGAGAAAUUGCCAACAAACUCCUGAAAUUUAAAUCCAAACGCUCUACAACCAAAAUUGACCUCCCAAUCAAAAUUUACAAGGAGUUUGCAGUCGAACUUGCCACCUCCCUCUGUCCCAUUAUUAAUGCAUCCCUCAGACAAAGCAAAUGCCCUAAUGAAUGGAAAACCGCAUAUGUCACCCCUAUCCCCAAGGUCCCCACCCCACAGUCCCCUUAUGAUCUGAGGCCAGUUGCCAUCACCGACAAACCCAGUCUACUCUGUGAAGACUUUCUUUUUGGAUGGGCAUUUGCCAGUAUUUAUCAGUCAAUUGAUCCACAGAAAUUUGACAAUAUGAGGACCUCCUCUACAUCACACUGC